GGGAGCUCAGUUGCCGGCCGGCUAUCAUGUUGAGUAGGAGUGCUGUAGUGCUCCUCCCUGCCAACAUCUCGCACGCUGCCACCACCGCCAUGUGCUAUUAACUACGUGUUUGUGCCUAAUGUGCAGGCUUUAAGGCUGGAAUUGGAAUGUCCGACGUGGACAUGCAGGGGUCAGAGCAACACUGUCAAGAGCUACGAUUACUAUCUCCACUUCUAAAUUCCCCAAGAUGCUGUAUGACCCUUAGGAGUUUAGCGCUCCCCAUGGAAUAAAUUUGGUGUGAGAGAUGCAAGCUACGCAGCAGGCGGUGGUGUGAGGCAGUGACUGCAGCAAGUAAGAGCACUAUCAUCAAGGAAGAGUGGGAGGGCCAGGGAGAGCAUGGAUUGGCACAGUUUGUAUAGCGAGUGUCCCAACGUGGUGCUCGGUUUAAUCGUUGGCGUAAGCUUCCUUCUCUACUACUACAUCGAUGCCGUCAAGAGGCCGCUUCUGGCGUGUCGACGAUGGGGAGCCUGGCAGAAUUUCCUGGAGACCCAUUUGACGAUCCUGCAGGAGAGGUACUGGCCCACUCCCUGGUGUUACGAGUCUCGCUGUCAGACUGUCCUGGCGUCCGUGCUACGACUCCGACUCCCGGACAUCACGUACAGAAGGGAGGUACUUCAGUUGAAGGACGGUGGACAGGUAUGCUUGGACUGGCUAGACGGGAGCGGGGAGGCAGGCAGCCCCAUCGUGCUGGUGUUGCCGGGGCUGACGGGGUCUUCCCAGAGCGAGUACAUAAAGGGUCUCAUGCUGGCGGUGAGGAACACCCCGGCUCGCUGCGUCGUACUCAACAACAGGGGUAUUGGAGGCAUCAGACUUAUGACGACGAGGACCUACUGCGCUGCCAACAGUGAUGACUUGGAGGAGGCCCUGGAACACCUUCACAGUGUGCAUCAUAGCGUCCCCAUCGUAGCUGUUGGAAUAUCACUAGGAGGGAUGAUCACUGGGAACUACCUGACGACACGAGGGGAGCGAGCAUCUCGUCUCUUGAAGGCGGCAGUGGUAAUGUCCAUCCCGUGGAACAUGGAGGUUGGGGUGAGCAGCAUGGAGCGACCUCUGUGCAACCUCUUGCUCAACCGCUACCUCGUGCAUUGCCUUUGCCACUUGGCCGACACUAUGCGCUACCAGCUGGCUGGUGAUCACAAGUGGGACCUCGAUCAGGUCAUGAAGAGCAAGACCAUCAGAGAGUUUGACACGCGGUUCACGGCGAUGCAGUUCGGGUUCCGAGACGCUGAGGAUUACUAUGCGUCUUCGUGCCUUCACAACAAGAUACACCGCAUCAAGGUUCCUCUCCUGUGCCUCACCGCUGCCGACGACCCCUUCCAGCCCCUCCACGCCAUACCACUGGAAGCGGCGGAAAAGUCUAGCCAUGUAGCCAUCAUCGUGACAGCUCGUGGGGGACACAUAGGUUUUAUGGAGGGUCUUCUCCCAACCACCACCUACUACAGUGACCGCCUCAUUAGCCAGGUCCUCAACGCCAUCUUCGCCAACCUUGACGCCAUGGAGGAGGUGAAAAGGGAAGCGGAUGCCUACGCCAGGUCAGUCUUCAGCAGUGAUGGAGACACCGGGGAAGAUGAAUGUGCAAGUGAUCGCUUGGCUAGCCACGAGACAAAGAAAGACCUGGCCGAGUGUGCCAAUGACGACGGCUUUAGCAGCCAGGCAGGCGUGAAAGAUGCAGACGAUCACGCCAGUGUUAGCAUUGCUAACCAAUGCCCGGUGAAGAAUACCAACGACAAGGCGUAUCCAGCGGGCAGCGGACUGCAGGACGGGGUUCUUGGAGCAUCAUAACGAAGAAUAACCUUAGCUCUUCACUGCCUGUCAAAUGUACAUACAUCAGUUUUGGGGAAGGCCGCUUCUGGAACUCCGUCACCACAGGGCAUUAGCAUUUCUUGAGAACGUGACAGUCAUCGUAUGUAGGGAGCUCAUGAAACAUUUUUAAACUAAAUAUUUUGCUGCUCUUCAGGAUCUUGGAGAACAAAAUUUCUUUAAGUAAGACUGUCUUGCAAAUUAUUAGGUCUAGAACUUGAAAUUUUCCCUUUAGAGUGAAAAGCAGCGACAGCUCUGAGUUUAAAGCAAACACAUCAAAACAAAUCAAGUUUAUGAAUUUAGAUGAAUCACUUUAAAAAAUAUAAAUAAACAAGAAAAUAACACUUAUUAUCGACGUAAAUGAAAGGGGCGACAGUUACAAAGUAGAAGGCCAUCCCGGACGCUACCUGCAUAUCACUUCUUGCCCCUUACGUCAGCACCCUUUGUCGUGCAGCGCUGAAUUACCAACAAGUUAAGCGGUUUUAACUUAAUAAUAAUCAGCAACAUCUGAGUAAACGACAAUUCUGCACUUGCCAAAACUAUAACAAAAUUACAUCAAACUACACUAGAGACUAGCGACACAGCAGCCAGGGUUGUGUUAUGAUGAGACAUCAUUCAUUGACUUGUGAAUUCGUCAGUCUUCUCGUUAGAGGUCAGUUGGUGCUAGUUUAAGUACACACUGGUCACAAGGCAUCUUACCUCCGAACGUAGAACUAUAUCGCCUCGUGGCAGUAAAAUGGCCUCAGGACAGUAUGAUAAUGAACAUUAACGUUUCAUAUUAAUAGUUGGAACGCGUUAGCAUGGACAUGGACGCAAAUGUCUGGGAUCUACAUUUAAUUUUAAUAGAAUUAGAUGAACUAAGCUACCUAAUUAAAGUCUCGGUCCAUUAACAUUGCCAUUUUUGGCAACCAUUUUUUAUGCUGUAGUUCAGUGAAACAUACGCUUUAUAUACUCAAGUUAAAUAGUCAAGAGUGAGAAUUCCAGGGCCUGGCCGUUAUAAGCAAACAAAUUUUGAAAGCACUGAAACGGCGUUGUUAUGAGGUCACGUUGUCAAAUUGUAAAUAGCCCAAGACACUGUAUUUAGGUUCCAGUACUCACAGUUCCGAACCCCUAAGAGUUAGUUUUUUUUUUUUACUUCGCAUACACAGACAUGAUAUACUUAAGCCAUAAAAUAUGUACACCCUCCCCCAUUCUUUAUAUAUUAUUAUACCACUACUAUUGUUGCAACUACUAGAACAAGCAAAUAGAAAAAAUAUCGCUUAUUGCUGCCCUAGCUGGCUGGGUGCUUUUGUUUUUUUAAUAAUUGUGGUUUAGGGUGAAUAUUACGCACAGUUGUGUACUGGUUUGUUUUAAUUUCGUAGGCUGCUGCACAACACGCAACAGUGCCAUAAUAAUAGUAAUAACUGCUGGAUAUUACAGUCUCCGCUGCGACCUGGGGGUGGGGGUUCCAGCCAUGUAUCGAUAACCACUACCCGGUAUGCCAGCAUAUCUUGCGUUAAAACAAUGGCAGUAAUCAUAGAACGAAUCCCUUCAUUUCCUAUCCAUAAUUCUUCCUUUCAGUUUUCUGUGGUGAAUGAGUGUUUGCAGUUAGGGCUGUGGGUGUGUUGGAAAUCUGUGGGCGUCUCAGGAGUGUGGGAAUGAUACAGAAAUAGGCGAGUGUACGUUAGAAGAAUGUCUAGAGUAUUGCCCGAAGUGCUGUGCAUCGUAUGGGUUUUCUGAUUAUUAUAUAUUUGAUAUAUACAAUGAUUUGAAAUAAUGUUAAUCUCAGGUGUGGGGUUGAGUAAGUGUGAGAGUGGUGUUUACAUUAUUGGGGUGUGAGAUCAAGUUAUAUUGGCGUGACAGUUUUUCGGGUGUGAGAGUAGGUGGCUGGGUGCUGUAUUAAGUUAAACUGGUGUAGGUGUGUGAGGGGUAUUGCAUAAGUUGUACUGGUGUGGAUGGGUGUUAUUGUAAGUUGUACUUGUGUGAGUGUGGAUGAGAGGUGUUGUAGUAAAUUGUACUGGUGUGAGUGUGGGUGAGAGGUGUUGUAGCAAGUUGUACUGGUGUGAGUGUGGGUGAGGGGGGUAUUGUAGGAAGUUGUACUGUGGUCUGAGUGUGGAUGGAGGGGUGUUGCAGCAAGUUGUACUGUUAUGAGUGUGGGUGAGGGGCGUUGUAGCAAGUUGUAUUGAUAAGUGUGGAUGAGGGGCGUUGUAUUGGUAUGAAUGUGGGUGAGGGGUGUUGUAGCAAGUUGUAUUGGUAUGAGUGCGGGAGAGGGGCUUUGUAGCAAGUUGUACUGGUGUGAAUGUGGGUGAGGGUGUCGUAGAAAGUUGUAUUGGUGUGGAAGGGAUAUGGAAGUAAAAUGUAGGGACGUUGGAGUGAGAGACGGUCAAGAACAGUCCCAGAAGCUGGAGUGGAACCCUUUCAAAUAUAGCACGGUUAGGUGUAGCUACGUAGAUGAGCAACAAGAGCUGGAGCUCAACACCCUAAACAAGCCUGGAGUUGUUUUCUUAAAUACAGCUACAUUAGUAGCAAGACCAGUAGCUGAGAUUAAGAGCAAACAAUCACUGGAAGCCGGAGAUACCCCUUUAACCGGUAGGCGUGAUGCCCAGCAACUGGAGUACAACCUCAAACUCAGCUAGAACUGCAGGGCCAGGAGCUGGAACUCUCAACGCAUCUAUAAUAUAAGGCUAUGAUAAUACACGAUAAAGCAAUAACGUUUUGAUGUUAAUGCUCAAGCGCUGAUACAUUCAUGGUUUGGCUUAUUUCUUCCGUUGUUAUUUCUACUGCAUCUCCCACCGUGGUUAAUUUCGUAGCUUGAGAGCCUACCAAUUUAUGUAGGUCAUAAAGAGCAAUUUUCACCUGUAUAUUAGCAUCAAGAAUACUGCCUAAAAUAGAGAUCAACGUUUCUAUAAUUGCCAUUAUCCACUGCCAGGGUCUAGUGAUGCAUUUGUGUGGGAUUACUACAUGCCUGCCUGUUAUUGUUAAUGUCACUACACACAUACACUCAUCAACUUUUUAAGCAUUUGAGUCCAGUGUUAUUUUUUCCCACCCCUCCGCCAUCUGAUGCUGCCGUAUUCGUAUACAACUUUUUUUUAUUAAUAAUACAAAAGUAAUACUGAGGGAAACCAGAGAUUAAGUAAGGGCAGUAAAGAAUGUGUAUGAUACAAACAUAUAUUAGAGACACGAAAAUAUUGUUGGGUUUAUUAGAUUUCAUGCAUGUCGACCGCACGAGGGUCAUUAAAGUCGCAUUUUACUUUUGCACAACCAGUCUAAAAUACUUAAUAAAAUACUGAUUAAAGUAAGCUUAUUGUAUUUACACGGGUAUAUACAGCUCGUGAUAUUUACCCUUGACAAGAAAGGUACAAAAAUAAACAAUACAUAUUGACAUGACGUUUGCUGGACAACUUUUUACUUUAACUAUCAAUAAUCACUGCAAUAAAGACAAAACCUAAAGAUGUACAAGUAACCUUACUAGCAUAUAUCAAUGGAAAGUACACAAUAGGAGUAGUUAAUAUAAUGGAGUAUAGCGUCCGUUUUCCAGUAUUUAAUGACGCUGACUCUGGCUUUGUUUUAAGCUUUCUCCUUCCUUUUAUUUUUUUUUAUCCCUGGCUCACUUGCUCUUGCUCUGCUAUCUCACAAGAAUCACAUGUUAGGAAACCAUUAUUAAGGUUUGUCAUUCACAAUGUACGAAAGAACAUUUCUUGGCAAUUCGUCAGAUUUGACUCAUUAAAAACCGGCAAUAAUAAUCAA